AUGAUGGUUCCAGCUCCGGUGGCACUCUACAUCGCUGCUUCUCUGGGCCACCUGGACCUGGCCGGCUGGCUGCUGGAGAGGGGGGUGCGUGUCAUUGAGCCGGUGGGGGUUCACCCUUACCGUGAGUGGUGCCACCAGACGGCCCACCCCGACGUCGCCAAGUGUCCCGCUGUCGCCUCCAUCGAGCGCGGCCAGCUCACCAUCCUCAAACUCUUUAUUGCCAGCAGCGUUCUGACCCUUGCCUGUCGGGAUCCCCAGGGUCGCGACCCCCUGAGGAUCGCCCUUCAAUACGGCCACAGGGAGUGUGUGAGUCACCUGGCCACCAGGCUGUGCUCUGUGGUGGUCCUCCCAGGUAUGGCCCUGCCCAUGCGGACAUACCUCCAGAUAAAGGGCUGGGUGAGGCUGGGGCAGAGGAGGGCAGCAUCCAGGCACUGCAUGGGCCUCAACAGGGCUCCGUUCAGGACCAGGGUGGGCGACACGGUCCUGGUGGACGGCUUCACCCUCCCCAAGAUGUCCUCCAAGCCCAGGAGGAGUGAGGCCAAGGCGGGUAUCAGGGUGAUGUCCACAGCCUCUCAAAGUUUGACCCCCAUCAACUGCCCAUCUCAUGUAACCUGCCCGCUCCGUGCCCUGGCAUCCCAGGAUAAACCUCUUCAACUACCGAAGCAACACCCUGUGGCCACGAGUGAUGAAAGAGAGAACAAGAGGGGAUGUGGAGGGAAGGGAUGUGAGGAGGAUGAGAGUGGGAUCAGAACAGCAACCAAUGGAGGAGCAGAGUCCCGCUCCCGCCCAUUUCCAGAGACACCAAUCUCAGACCUGUGUUUGACUCGCCAAACUCCGCCCAGAUCCUCACCACCUCACUGGAGGCCUUUUCUCUCCACUGCGACCGCACACCCAGAGAAAACGCCAUAUACUGUUUGGCCUUGGCCAGUGAACAAGAUGAGACUUUGGAACGGAUGAUGCCUGAAACAAUGCGGACGACUUAGAAUUUCG